ACAACUUUCACAACAACCUGCAGAUAUAUGAGAGCUUGGUGUCACUUCUUUCCCCUCUCAAAUACAUGUGUAGUGUUUGUCAGGCAUGUCAUCUUCCAAGCCUACGACAUUUCCCCCCCGCAUUUUGCAAAUCCCCAGGUCUGAUGAACCGAACGCAUAUGUGCUCGUUCAUGUCACCCGCUCCGGCACCGCGACAUUGGACCUGCAGCUCGUUGCCACUGAAGGGGAGGACCCUUAUGUAGGCUCAGUCGAGCAAUCCCGUUUGAAUAGCCUUCGCGCAAAAAGUUACCAAGGUAGUGAUGACGAUUGGGCUCAAAUUCUGUCAUAUGUUCUCGGGCAGUCAUCGCCAUUUGUUAACAAACCCGAUUUUAUCUGUGGACUUGAAGUUUCUGCCACUGUUUCCGACGAGGAUGAAGACAGAAAGAUAGCCAUUACCAUACGAAAGAGGAUUGAGACCAUAACACAAAGACUUGGUUCUAUUACUUUGAAUCAGGAUGAUGAACAGACUAUUCAGCUUUUUGACUGGUCGAGUGCCGCUGUUGCUAGGGCAGACACACUUGAACAGCAGAUUUCCUCGCUUAACAGUCGCUGUCGUGCUGCUGAGGCUACUAUACAUGAACUCAAUACACAGAUCGAAGAACUUAUAUAUGCGAAAGUCCAACAUGAAAACCAGCUGAUAGCAAACUUCGUCCAAUUACUGAACGAAAAGAAGUUGAAGAUUCGCAACCAGCAACGUCUACUAGCUUCUGCUACCGUGGAUCCGACUAAAGUUACCGAAAUUCAAACCACGGACUCAGGUAGAAUAUGUGUACCUGCAAGGAAGAGUCGGUCCGCGAAACAUGGUACACUGGAAUUGAGCGGCAACGAUUUGGACGAUAGUGAUGGGUUUGAAAAGAUGGAGACUGACGAAGCUGAGGGGGUGGAUGUCCCGGAAAAAGAUCGAGAGACGGACGAUAGGCAGCGAUCGACACCGCAGCCUCUAGAGGAAGAAGAUAAUACGACAAAUGAGGACUAUGAUCCAUCAAUAAUCGAGAAGAGAGAAGACAAGGGACCGCAUGAGUCAGCUUCGAAGGUAUCAGUCGACCGACUAAUUCAAAAAAUGCCGCCAACCGCCCCACCACGCCGAGAGCUGCCUUUCGCUCGCAAGACGAGGCAAGCCGAAGCCAGCAAGACCGAAAGAGAUGCCGAAGAAACUGCUGGUGAGACUGAUGAUGAUGAACUAUAA